AUGCUGCCGGGAGAAAUCGUCGUUCAAAUUCUGCCAGAAGAAAUCGUCGUUCAAUCUCUGCCAGGAGAAAUCGUCGUUCAAAUUCUCCAAUAUUUACCGCAUCGAGAUCGGCGACGUUUCUGUCUGACCAACAAGCGAUUCGAUAAUCUUUACGAGAAUCUCGAUUCGCUGAACAAAGGAAUUUAUUCAAAAAUCACGACCGAAAAUCACGAAAUAAUUUGCGAAGGAAAAAACGGGCGUUAUGAAAAAGCCGAAGAGCUAAGCAAUCAAUCGAUUUUCAUAAAAACUCUGUCAAAUAUGACCCCCGCUUUCACGAUUAGCAAAUUGAUCAAAGCUUUUGCAAAAAAGAAUAUCCACAUUGAGAAAUUGAUUCUAACAUUCGAGUUUGAGAAAUACAAAGAGAUGAAUUGGGUGCAGCUGGCCCUUCGAAAAUUUCGAGCUUACAGUGUAAACUUGUGGCUUUCUGAUGACAGCUAUCAUAACCUCACAAUGCCAUCUGAAUGUCGUGAUUUGUGUCUAAAUGUUGAGCUAAACAAGCUAAACGAUUUUUCUACAUUGAGUUCACAAUGGUUGAAGCAUAAAGUUCAAGUCGAUUUGAGAAAAGCGAAAAAUUUCAACACUUUGCAAGUACUUUUCUGGAAAUCUAAAAGAGUGAUGGCUAAAGAAAAAGUGAAAUUUGGAAUCGCUUUAGAUUAUUUGAAGAGACAAAAGCAAAGUGAGCAAGUAGUUAGCGAAUUGCUUCGAAAAUGUUUUCCGAAUUUUAUCGAGACUCAAACUGGUGGAAAACGUCGAGUGCUUGCGUGGACAAACAACAUUCACAUCAUUUUGCCGAGGACUUUAAAGUCGGAAUUUCCUGUGUGCUGUGAAGAGCUACCUGAGUCGUUUUUUGGU